AUGGAUACACGAUACAGUCGUUUAAGGCAGUAAAUUCAAAACAAUACGCCAACACUUAUCUUUUCAGGUGCUUGAACGCUUUAAUACUAUUUUAGAUUAGUCGGCUCAGCUAAAUCGGCGGCUGCGAUGGAGGCCGUGCCGCGAAUGCCGAUGAUAUGGCUGGAUCUGAAAGAGGCUGGAGAGUUUCAGUUCAGCCCGACUGUCAAACAGUUCAUAUUGAAAAACUAUGGGGAAGAUCCUGACAAUUACAAUGAGCAGUUAAAGAAACUAGAGCAAUUGCGACAGAGUGCUGUGAAUGUCACACGAGACUUUGAAGGAUGCAGUACUUUACGGAAGUACUUUGGGCAGUUGCACUAUCUGCAGAGUCGCGUGCCUCUUGGAUCGGGGCAGGAAGCUGCUGUCCCUGUCUCCUGGACAGAGAUAUUUUCUGGGAAGACAGUGACUCAUGAUGACAUUUGCUAUGAGCAAGCCUGCAUCCUUUAUAAUUUGGGAGCACUGCAUUCAAUGCUGGGCGCCAUGGACAACAGAGUGUCCGAAGAGGGAAUGAAAGUAUCUUGCACACACUUCCAGUGCUCAGCUGGAGCAUUUAACUACCUGAGAGACCACUUCAGCCACAACUUCAGUGUGGACAUGAGCCACCAGAUCCUUAAUCUCAACAUCAACCUCAUGCUGGGUCAGGCUCAAGAGUGCCUGUUGGAAAAAUCUAUGUUAGAUAACAGGAAGAGCUUCCUCGUUGCUCGCAUAAGUGCACAGGUGGUGGACUAUUACAAAGAGGCAUGCAGAGCUCUGGAGAACUCUGAAACUGCCUCAAUGUUGGGAAAGAUACAGAAAGACUGGAAGAAAUUAGUGCAAAUGAAGAUUUACUACUUUGCUGCAAUUGCACAUUUGCACAUGGGCAAACAGGCUGAAGAGCAGCAAAAGUAUGGAGAGAGGGUUGCUUACCUACAAAGCUCAAUAGACAAACUCAAUGAGGCCAUUAAGUUGGCUAAGAGUCAGCCAGACAGUGUACAGGAAGCCCUUAGAUUCACCAUGGAUAUCAUUGGGGGAAAAUUUAAUUCUGCCAAGAAAGACAAUGACUUUAUUUACCAUGAAUCUGUGCCAUCUUUGGAUACGUUGACCUCAGUGAAAGGUGCCCCAUUGGUCAAAGCCCUGCCUGUGAACCCAACAGACCCCAGUGUCACUGGCCCAGACAUUUUUGCCAAGCUGGUGCCCAUGGCUGCCCACGAGGCCUCCUCUCUGUACAGUGAAGAGAAGGCCAAGCUGCUACGGGAUGUCAUGACAAAAAUAGACGGCAAGAAUGAGACACUAGAACAGUUUAUGGACUCUCUCGGUCUGGACCCAGACUCAGUGGAUAACAUGGAGAUGUAUAAUAACAUUCCUUCUGUGCUUAUGGAAAAAUGUGCAGCAUUGAGCGUCAGACCUGAUACUGUGAAAAACCUCAUCCAGUCAAUGCAGGUCCUGUCAGGUGUAUUCACUGAUGUAGAAGCCUCUCUACGGGAGAUUCGGGAUGUUUUGAGUGAUGAUGAGGCAGGGGAGAGAAGCCUGGAGGAGGCUGCAGGAAAGCAGGCUGUACCCGACCGGCCCUCAACCCUGACUGAGCUGCGAAGGGACCUGGAAAAGUAUUUGGAAGCUCAUGAGAAAGCCAGCUACACCAACACAGAACUUCAUCGGGCAAUGAAUCUGCACAUCAGCAAUCUGAGACUCCUUGGUGGACCGCUGGACACCCUUAGAGAGGCAUUGCCAAGGCCUCAACUUAAUGAGGAUGAGAUGGCAGGCCUCCAGACUAUGAAGAGGAUUCUGGCUAAAGUGCAAGAGAUGCAGGACCAACGAAGCUCCCUGGAGAAGCAGCUAAGGGACCUCAUCCAGAAGGACGACAUCACUACUGCUCUGGUCACAACUGAACGCACUGACAUGAAGAAACUGUUUGAGGAGCAGCUAAAGAAAUACGAGCAGGUCAAAGUAUACAUUGAUCAAAACCUGGCAGCUCAGGAGAAUAUCCUGAAGGCACUGACAGAGGCUAAUGUCCAGUAUGCCACAGUGCGUAAAGGCCUGGGAGAAACUGAACACAAAUGGAACACCACUGUACAGAUGCUUGUGGCCUCCUAUGAGGCAUAUGAAGACCUUAUGAAGAAAUCUCAAGAGGGUAAAGAGUUUUAUGAAGAUUUGGAAGCCAAAGCCUCUCGCUUACUGGAAAGAGCCAAAACUGUAUGCCAGGCACGAAAGGAGGAGAGACAAGCCAUUAUAGAAAAAGAACAAAAAAAAAAGGCUCCCCAAAGACCCACUGCUCCCAAGCCACCCCAGAAGAAAGGCCAAAGUGUGGAUCCUGCCCACUUAGAUGACCCUGAACUUGCCCAGCUAACUGCUGCUAUCCUAGCCCUGGGUGGGGAUCUACCUGAAGAGCUACGCAGCAUGCCUCCUGAAUUUACCAUUUCACCUUCUAGUCAUCCUCCUUCACUUUCCGGGGCCACUGCUAGCUCUGUUUCACACUGGCCUGGAGCUGGGCAGUCUUUAAUCUACGAAUCACCCAGAUUUCCCCCAAAUUUCCCCCCUCCUGAAGUUCUUGCUCAAAUCUCCCAUUUCCCAUCACGUCACCUGUCUCAGACUUUUAGUCAUAAUCUUCCCCAACCUCCUCUGCCUCGGCAGCAGUUCCCACAGCUGCCCAAUCCACAGUUGCUCAACUCUCAGGUUCUUCCACCACAGCCUGUGCCCGGGUACUACCCUCCAACAUCACAGAACCAAUCUGGCCCACCCAGUACUCUUGUCCGACCUUCCACCACUACGGUGGAUAGUGUGCAGACACCUAUUCCUAGCUACAGUCCUGCAUCUGCCCAGGCAGUUAUGCCUUCCCCUACCCCACACCAGCCAAUGCCUCCCCCUGCCUCGCACCAACUGGUUCCACCUCCCAUGCAAUCAGUAUAUACAGCUGCACGUCAUAUGACACCCCAUGUUCAGUACAUGCAACAGCCUGGUGUUCCCAUCAACCAACCUCCACAAGCAAUUCCGACCCCUCAGCAACAGCCCCAACUUCAUUCUCAGCAGCUAUUUGCUCAGCAAAGUGGUCAAAGCCAUUCACAGCCAUAUUAUCCAACUGUACCAGCUCAACAGCAAAUGCCCAGACCAUUGACUGGGCCUCAACCUUCACAGCAAACACAGCCUCAAUUCCCUCACUACAUAGCCCAAACAAGACAACCUGGACCACAAAACUUUCAGCAACCUCUAAUACAAGGACAGUUUGCAUCCAAUAUGCACUCAGCUUCAGCUGGCCAUGUGCAGCCCCAUCAGGGUUAUCCCCCCGUCUCGUUUUUGCAGCAUUCCCAACCACCACACAUUAACAAUGUAACCCUGGGUCAAAUGCCUCAUCAUGGCUUACCUCCCCAAAUGCCACCAUCUUCCCAGCCAGUGCCCCCUGGGUCAAUGCCACACUUAGCCCAUGUCAAUCAACAAAUUCCCCCUGCUUCCCAGCCACAACCACUCCCUGUCAAUCAGCAGUUUCCCCAUGCUCCUCACCCUCAAAUACCCCCAUCUUCUCAUCAUUUUGCCUCUGUGUCAAAUAUGCAGGUACCUCCUGCUUCAAAACAUAUGCCUCCUCCCCAUCAGCCACAAAUGAUUCCACCAUCCACUCACAUGUCACCCCCUUCUCAUCCACAAAUGCCCCCAGUCUCCCAAUCACUGUCUCACUGCUCCCAGUCCCAAAUACUCCCUGCUCAUCAGUCUAACCAUCAACCAGCAUAUUCAGCAGUUCCUCCUAGGGCUACUGUUCAAAUUCAUCCUCAGAUACCCCAUGUCCCACUCUCAUCACAGGUACAUAUGCACCCCAGUACACCUUCACAGCACCAAAACUACCCCCAUCCUCACAGCAUUCCCCAGCAGUGUCCUCCAGCGCUCCCCCACAAUAUCUACAAACCUCAGCAGACCAUUCCUCCUGGAUCUGCAGCUAUGAGUUAUCUAGGAGGUGUCCCUAUGGUUCCCAACCAAUCUGUGGCCUCUCCACAACCUCAAUCCCAGCCACCCACUUCACAGCCUUUAGCCCCACAACAGCUACCCCCGGGAGGCCCUGUAUCUUAUGCUAUUCCACAAGGUGGGAACAUACCAACUGGACCUAUGCAGCAUCCCUCAGCAGCUGUCCCCCCAGGGCCCCAGUCUCUUUCUCAAAGCAUGAUCCCUCCAUCCUCAGGAGCACCAGGGGCCCCACAGCCUCUAAUGCUGCCUUCUGCUCCAUCACCUUCUCCCUCUCCUGGUCCUCCAUCACUAGGUAUGGUCACCCAGAGACCAUCUCCUGUUCUCACUCCAGUUGGAGGAACAGCUCUGCCACAGACCUCAGGAAAAGCCCCAACCCCCACUGGUCCCAUGCUUCCACCUGACCCCACCCUAUUUCAGCGCCAGAACUCUAGUACUGAUGACUUGCUCUCCUCCAGCCCAGAGAGCCAGCAUGGAGGCACCAAGGACACUGCCAAUGUCUUACUACCCACCAAAGCUGAUCCUCAGGAAGAGCAUCACAGAAAAAAAGCAGAGAGUGUGAGACUUAUCCAGGGUGACCCUUACCAAGCACCAGAGAGGGUCUCAAAGCUCAGCACAGAGCUGGGGCGAUUUCGGUCAACAGUCCAAUCUUUGGAGCGACCAUCAGGACAGGGUGGUCUGUCGGAACUUGACGCUCGAUGGAAAGAACUGCAGGAGCAGCAGGAGAAGGAUACUCGGCAACUCUCUAUCGCCAUUGCUCGCUGCUAUACCAUGAAGAACCGCCAUCAGGAUGUGAUGCCUUAUGACUCCAAUCGAGUCGUUUUGCGUUCCGGUAAAGACGACUAUAUUAACGCUAGCUUCAUUGAAGACCUGUCUCCAUACUGCCCCCGCCUCAUUGCAACACAGGCCCCUCUUACUGGCACUGCAGCCGACUUCUGGCUAAUGGUUUAUGAGCAAAAGGUUUCUGUAAUUGUCAUGCUUGUGUCAGAGCAAGAGUUGGAAAAGCAAAAGGUGUUGUUGUACUUUCCAUCGGAGAGGGGGCAACAGCUUGCCCAAGGACCAAUCACGCUAACACUGACUACCCAGAAGAGUACACCCACCCAUGUAGAGCGUAUGAUAGGACUACAGUAUCGGGACCAGAGUCUGAGACGCACCAUCAUUCACCUACAGUUUACUUCAUGGCCUGAAUUGGGUCUUCCAGAGAGCAAAAGCAAUCUCAUCCGUUUCUUCCAAGAAGUCCAUGGACAUUACCUACUUCAACGCCCACUACACACUCCAGUUGUAGUGCAUUGCAGCUCUGGUGUUGGUCGUACUGGUGCCUUCUGCCUUCUUUAUGCAGCACUUCAAGAAAUUGAGGCUGGCAAUGGUAUACCAGACCUGAUCCAGCUGGUGAGGAAGAUGAGGCAGCAGAGGAAGAACAUGCUGCAAGAAAAACUUCACCUCAAAUUCUGCUAUGAAGCCGUACUAAAACAUACAGAACAGGUUCUGCAGCGCCAUGGCAUCAUAACGUCCCCUUGCACCAAGACCCCAAACAGCAUUGUAGUGAAGCCGUACUCCCGACAGGAAUCUACAGACAUUGUUCUUGGUGCAGACAUGCCUAUUAGCUCCAUACAGGCCACCGUAGCUAAACUAAGCAUUCGACCACCGAGUGUUGACCACGAACAAGAUCCCACCCAAGACCAGAUGCCCUCUGCUUCUGAAGUGCCAAGCAUAUUGGACCAAGAACCUACAGAUAUGUCACUUCAACCUUCUCAGGAUCCUCUUUCUUAUGAGACUAUGCCUGACUCCAUCAGUUCUCCCCUCUCUUGCAGCUCCUCUCCAGGCAAGACACAGUCACCUUCGACUCCCAGUGGUCAAGGGAAUGGGUUCACUGGGUCCACACCUGCCUCCCCCAUCUUAAAUGACCACCAGUCUACUGAAGCAGCACAUCCUGCCCCCUCUUCGCCUACUUCUUCAUCUCUGGACCUACUGGCUUCUCUUACACCUGAAGCCUUCACGCUCGACAGCAGCCAUCGAGGCAAGCAGCGGAUCAACAAGCAGAGCUUCCUUCAUCCACAGGAGGGGAAAGGCCUUCAGGGGCCUCCAGAGGGUGAUGAUCCGCUUAGUAGCUUGGAUCCUCUCUGGACACUCAACAAAAGCUGAAACACAACGGAUCUCUUGCAUCUUCUUUCCUGCAGGCAUUCCUCUGUGAGCUCUUUCUAAAACCCUGACCAAACUACUCCAUGUUUAUGCUUCAUCAUUUUGUGUUAGUCUGUCUACUUGUGUCCUGAUAAGUUUUUUCAGAUUCUUUCAGCGCUUUUCCGGCCUUGAUCCUGCUGUUUCAGGUUAGAUUCUGUAAAUCCAGUCUUGUCUCUCAGCAUGCUCUCCUAAUGCCAUGGUUUUUCUGAUUGCCUGUAAGGUGCCUGAGGUUUGGUUCUUCUUUAGUGGGCCUAUGCUUUACACCAAAAUGCUGAGAAUGAAUACAGUGAUAAAAACUGACAGACAUCCAUAUUAUUGUUGCUCUGUCAUUAUCUGCUUGCCCUUUGUCCACAGUGGGUUGUAUAUUAUUAGUCACCACUGUCUUGAAGCUACAGUGAUCUGCAACUUGUAUGUAGGGACAAAUCAAAGCUGGUGAUGAAAAUACUACUUGAUAUGACUUGAUGUACUCGUUAUACUUAAAACACUUACAUUUCUGAAUAGUACUUCAGAAAUCAUAGCAUUUUUAUGAGUUGAUUCUAACUUGCCAUUCUUUGAAAACUGUAAAUAAAUCUUAAA